AUGGGUAAGAACAACAAGAAUAAAGUCCAAGAAUCCGACCUUGUCCUCCCACCACAUUCAUCCCAGUCCUCCACCCCCAUCAUCGACACCCAUACACACCUGGUCUCCACCUUUUCCGCCUAUCAGGCGAAGUUCAAGGGAGGGAAACAUACGACCGUACACGAGUUUGUCCGCAGGGUCUAUGAUGCUGAGGCGGGAGAGAUCGUAGAAGCUAUAAUCGAUGUGUGGUGCGAGGCACCUGUGCAGAAGAAGAUCUGGAAGGAGAUUGCGGAUUCAGCGUUGACGGAGGAGCAGAGGAAGAGGGAAUGGGGUGGGAUUGAGUACUGGUUUGUGAUGGGUGCGCACGAAGCUAAAGUCUACACAGAUGAAGUGGAAGCAGACAUCCUGGAAGCCAUGGCGCAUCCUCGUUGCGUGGGCUGGGGUGAAAUGGGUUUAGACUACCACUACGACAACUCUCCCCGCGAAAUCCAACAAGCAGUGUUCCGUCGUCAACUGCGCCAAGCUGUGCGUCUGGGCAAACCGCUGACAAUACACACGAGGGAGGCAGAAGAGGAUACGGAGAUGAUAUUGAAGGAGGAGGUGCCACAGGACCAUCGGAUACAUAUACAUUGCUACACAGACUCGCCGGAGCUGGCGCAGCGGCUCUUGGAUCAUUUCCCCAAUCUUUAUGUCGGUAUCACAGGCGUGAUUACUUACUCAACAAACCUCAAUACCGCCGCCCUUGUCCGUCAACUUACCUCCCAAGACCCAAACCCGCGCCUUAUCCUCGAAACCGAUGCACCCUACAUGAUCCCGUCUAACCUUUACGGGUCACUCAAAGGCGUCAAAGGGAGACUACCGCUGUCGCAUACAGCAAUGAUACCGUGGACGGCGGAGUUCGUUGCGGGUGUGGCGAAUGGUGUCGGUGUGGAUGGUAAGGAGGAGGGGACAGAGUGGGACACAGAUAGGGUGCUAAAACUCUGCAGGGAGAAUGCGAAGAAGAUGUAUGGUGUGUAG